CUCCAAGAGCACCAAGUCUCCUCUCAACACCAACUCCCUCUUAUAUCAUGGCGACCACCAAGAAAACAGUCCUCAUCACGGGAAGCACACGCAGUAUUGGCCUCUCACUAGCCGAGUACUACACCAAGGAAGACUGGAACGUCAUUGGAACGGCGCGGCCCAACAGCAACACCGACCAGCUCAACGCUCUAUCACCAUUUAAAGUGGUGACACUGAACACAAGUGACGAAUCCUCCAUGCUCGAAGCUGCACGCCAACUGGAAGGCGUGCCUAUUGACCUCCUCAUCAACAACGCCGGCAUUUGGGAACCCGACACGUUCGAAUCGGCCACCAAGGAGGCAUUCAUGCGUCAGUUCGAAGUGAAUGCGGUGGGUCCGUUCCUCACGACGCGAGCGCUACUACCGAACCUGGAGCUUGCGGCCAAGAAGAAUGGGUUUGCCUAUGUCGCACAGGUGACGUCUCUCCUGGGAAGCAUCGGCAGCAACACCGCGGAAAUGGCUGGAUUCUUCAGCAAAUCGUUCGGAUACGCUCCCUCCAAGGCUGCUCUCAACAUGGUCACUCGCUCGAUGGCUGUCCAGCUACGCGAGAAAAGCAUUGGAUUCGUGACUCUGAACCCUGGAUAUGUGGCCACCGACAUGAACGAGCACCAAGGCUACCUGACACCUUCGGAUUCGGCGGAGUCCAUGGCGAAGAUCGUGGCGAAGUUGUCAAUUGAGGACACGGGCAAGUUCUUCAAUGGGGACAAGACGUACCCAGCUGUCGAGCUUCCAUGGUAAAAGCACGAAAACCAAUAUUUCAGAAGUAUCGGGACCUAUUUUCGCGAAAUCUUCAUUAUAAUUUCUGGAAUAACAAUUGUUGACAAUCAUA